AUGGCUACCCGACGACCACGCGUUAAAGUUGCGGCUAAUCUUAGCAUUCGUCGACCACCAAAACAAAAUACGACCAAUGCUGCUGUAGACUCAAUCAAACAGGAGGUUCCAGUAACUCUACAAGAGCCGGUUAAGGAACACGAUGUGCAGAAUGCCGCAACAACUAUAUCAGCGUCCAUAGAUGUAGUGACUGUAGAAAUUGCUCCAAAAGGCACACUUCUGACCCCUAAACCGGAAGUACCGCGUGAAGAACCGUUCCAGGAUUUUAAACUACCGAAACCGGUAGAUGAUGCUGCGAAGCAGAGCUGUUCCGAUUCAACCGCAAGCUUGGCCAGCACCUUCCACAAUGGCGAAGAACCAAUGUCCCCACGAAAGCAGGAUUCUCGUUCCAUCUUCACUCUACCGCUGGCACGUAAAAGAAACCGCACCGAGUCACUCACCUCGAACAAAUCCCUUCCGGAGGGGGUUACUGUCAACAAGGUAACCAGGAAGCUGGCAACCAAGCAGGAAGAAUCCCAACGCACUCAGGAGAACAAGAAAGAGAUCCGCAAACGCUUAACCAACAUCGAAAAUGUAAACAAACAGAACCUAACCAUGUUUGACAUGAUCUACUACAAUCCGAUCAACAACCCGAUGACGCCGCCCGCACUCAGUAAGCGUGGUUCGCUGGAAAAUAUACCCAAAAGUGUCGAUGGUCGUGAGAGGGAUGGAGAGCGUAGCCGCAGCGUAAGUAAAUCCCGUUCGCCUACACCGGCUCCGUCCGGUUCGAUGCCAGUAACGGCCACCGAAAAACCAUUAGCCCCGGUUCAGUUAACACCCCAACUGAAGCUGGGUCCAAACGGUGAAAUGAUACUCGAUGAGGCUAGUCUAGUGAUUGAGAAUGAGCGCGAAAAGGAAAUGCGUGAAACACUAGCCAAUACGGAUAUAGUGUACCAGGACGAGUACAGCGGCAAUUCCGGUUACUACAGCCGUAUACGAAGGACGAAAGAUUGGACUGAUGAAGAAACGGUUCGCUUCUACCGCUGUCUACACACGAUUGGGACAGAUUUCUCCAUGAUGUUACCGCUGUUUCCCCAACGAUCUCGCCGUGAUCUCAAACUUAAGUUUAAAAAGGAAGAGCGUAUCAAUCUUACGCUGGUAAACAAAGCGCUACUCCAUCCGAAGGAAUUUAAUGUGGAUGAGUUGCGGCAACAGUUUGCGAAGGAAGAUGAACUGCUCGAAAAGCAAAGAGAAGAGGAAAAGCAACGCAAAAUGGAAUCGAUUGAACAGCAGCAAAAGGAGCAAUUGCGCAAAAAACUCCUGUUGCAAAAGUCCAUCAGUAGUAACCCUCAAAGACGAAUCAGCAAAUCAGAGCGUGUGCUGACGGACGUUUCGGAACCAUUGGGAGAAGAGGUAAAGAAACCGAAACGUAAAUCGCCCUCGAAGAAGCGAUCUACCACGAAACCAAUUAUCGUAACGCUUCCAUCGAUUGUGGAAGCAGAGCAAGAGAAGGAACAGGCUCAACAACAAGAGUUUGGAACCGUUUCCGAGGUCAACAACGCCAUGAUUUUGCUGUGCAAUUCACCAGAUACUAUAACGAUGGAUGUUGUCCCUAAGGAAAGCUUAAAGCAACGGAAACGUGCCCCAGUGCCAAAGAAAACAGGUACAGCAACACUGGAUACGAGCACCAACAUUGCUGAACUGAAGGUUGCACAGCAGGUUGAGUCUGUUCACGAUAUCGUUAAAUGUUCCUUUGCUGGUACGGUGAAUACACCCGAAAGCUUCCCAGUUGAUGUAGCAGCGUCUAAAUACUCGAAACGAGUCCCUGCAUCGAAGAAACUUGAUACUACGAUGCUGGUUUCUACCAACGUUACCUCUAAAAUGCCCCCGGAACAACAACAACAACAACAACACCAGUCUGAAUUCGUUCCUGGGCAUGACAUUUUACCUAACUGUACACCUGCCAAUGCAAACAAGGUACCAGUGAACUUCGCAUUGGAUAAUGCGACCGGUGGAUGCUCCACAAAAUCAUCUUCAUCCGGUCAACCCAACAGAAAUACAUCACCUGUUCCGGCUUCUUCAAAUGUUGUCGAAAUGCCCGAACAGCUACCGGUUGAGACUGUCUCAGAAGAAAACGUGCUGGUAAUAAUGGACCCACCGAAGAACAAAUCUACUCUCCGAACUCCUAUGAAUAGAGGCGCGAAGAAGCCUUGGAGGCGUAUGAAACGUAAAUUCAAGCAAAAGAAACAAGCUUAUCGUAAAUCCACGUCCGUAUCGGCCGCUUUAAAGAACACUGAAACCAAAGGGCAAGCAGAUUGUGCUGUUGUAAUUAAAAAGGACAUUACUGAAGAAGUUCCAGUGGACGGUAAUAUUUCUAACGCGUCCGUCCCGAACAAUCCCAAUGAACCGUUUGUUUCGUACGAACCUGCUGCAGUAACCUACGACAAUGCCAACUUAGAUUUACCGAUCGUCAAGUACCAGUGUAUGGAUGAUAUGGAGAUGGAUGGUUAUCAGAUUUCGGAUGACAUCAUGGAUACUGCUGAUUAUGAUGCUGAUGGUGCGGGUGAUGCUGCUGCUGUGGUUGCUUCUGCUUCUACCGACAACAUCGUGCCGGACCAGGAAGAUGAUUCUAUCACUGUGAUAACGCUGCAAAACCUCGACGAUCAAACUCACACGACCUGUAUCCGCACGGACGUUGGGCAGUCAGUGCAGCCUACUAUGAUCAAUGAGCUAACACCGGUGGAGAUCAAGUACGACGAGUACGAAUCGGGUUGCCAGCAGCUGGUGCUGUCUUGUGCAGCAACCACGACAAAGCAAGAGCUGUGCAGUGUUGAGAAUCCUAAAGCGAAUGCAAACAUCGAAACGAGUACCGGCCGGAUUGGGGCUAUUAAUAUGCAAAUGAUUAAUUGGCCACCGGCGACUGUGCCGACAACAGAAUCGAUCUCGUAUAUGGUAUAUGAAAAAUUAGAAUACGGCUCGUCCAGCGGAACCGUCAUCAUUCCCGACAUUUUGCCCGAUAAAGUGACAGCGUUCGCGGGAGAGUCGGCUGAAUACGCUUCUGCUGCGCAAGGUGCUAGCAAUGUACCGAAGCCAGAGCAGCAAAAUUCAACAGAUGCUGUGGAUGACAUGCGAAAUAGGAUGAGCUGCUACAAAACGGUCACUAACAGCAGCCCUAAGCAUGUGACGCAAUCAAAUGCAUCGCGACGCGAAAACCAAGACCUGCAAAAGUACACACUGUUUGAUACGGGCAUUUCUGCCAAGGAGAUUGAAGAAGAACCAGAGGAGGAGGAGGAUGCGGAAGAGGACGAUGGUGGGUUUUCGCUUGAGGAUAUAGAUAUCAAUUCGUUGGUGCUGGUCGAAAGUCACGAUAGCGUUGAUCCGUCCAAAACUUUCUACGAAAUUUACGUAUCGCACCCAGAUACGGGCCAACUAAGCGAAAAGCCGCUCGAUGUGCCGGCGGACGUGAUUGAAAACAUUCGGCAAAUAUUGGAGGCUGGUGGGACCGAACGGUAA